AUGAAACUUCUUGCUGCUACCAAUGUUUUUUGGCCAAACAUUAAUCUUGAUAUCGAACAUGUGGUCAAAACUUGUGACACAUGCGCUACAGCCUCAAAAAGUCCAAUGAAAUGUACUACUCAACAGUGGAAAAUUCCUUCUGCGCCGUGGAAACGAAUUUAUUUUGACUACGCUGGUCCAAUCGAUGGGAAUUACUUCCUUGUUAUCAUAGACGCUUUUAGCAAAUGGCCAGAAAUAUUCAAAACUUUAACUACUACUGCAGCAAAAACUAUUGAGUUCAUUGAGAAAGCUUUUGCGCAACACGGCCUUUGUGACAUGAUUGUUAGUGAUAAUGCACCGCAAUUCAUCUCGCAGGAAUUCAAAAAUUUUUGCGACUUCCUAGUAAUUAAUCACAUAUCUACAGCUCCAUACAGUCUACAAUCAAAUGGCCAAGCAGAACGGUUCGUUGACCUACUCAAAUCAGGACUUAAAAAAGCAAAGGAAGCUCAACGAAUUCCUCACUUGUUAUCGAUACACACCAUCCUACAAUCUCGGUAUGAAAUACCAUCUGAGCUCCUAAAUGGCAGAAAAAUGAAAAUUCGUCUUGACUGCAUUAAACAGCAAAAACCGGAAGGCGAAUUAGAAAAACAAAUUCCAGAAUUCACGCAUACAGUUGAACCAGUCAUUGUUCCAGAUCGAACUUAUGUACCGAAAGAGAUCCUAUCCCCUGCUAUCGAGCAACAGACUUAUUCAAAUGAUGAUGUUAUUAGCAAUCAGGAAAUAUCGACUAUAACACGUUACAAAGAGUUAAGACGAUCUCAAAGGGCUACAAAGGGGCAUGCGCCACGUUGGCAUCAAGACUACCAACAAUAUUAA